UCCUCAACCCCCACCAAUGAAGAACAUGCCUGGUAGGCCAAAAAGGAGUAGAAGAAAGCAACCGAUUGAGCUUGUAAGAGGUGAUAGAAUGACUAAAGAGGGUAAGCAAAUGACUUGUUCUGCUUGCAAACAAAUUGGACACAACUGCAAGGGAUGUCCUUUAAGAAAGGCCAAUGCUGGGGCCAAUGUACGUACAUCCAAUGCUCAGGUCAAUGUAUGUACAUCCAAUGCUCAUGCUAGUGCAAGUACAGCUGAAGCUUAUGCUCAAUCUCAGGCUAAUUCCACUGGUCCAAGGCUCGGAAAAAGACAAGCUAAAGCUAAAGCUACGACAAGCAUAGCUGAAGGAGGAUCCGAAUGCCAUGCCAAUGCUUCUGCAAAUGCCAAUUCAAUAGGAGGCAAUAGUGGGCAUGUUAAUGCUUCUGCUCAGGCUAGUGCAGAUGUAAGAGAAUGUAGUGGUCAUGCAAAUGUAAGAAAAUAUAGUGCCACUGCUUCUGCUCAUGCUAGUGCUGAUGUUAGAGGAUGUACUGGUGAGGCCAAUGCUUUUGGUGAAGUUCGUUCAGAUCAAGGGGAAGGCAGUGCACCGGCCAAUAUAUUGGCUAAGCAUAGACGUGAAAAAAUUCCGGUGAGUAAUACCUCAAUCCCCAAGUAUACAUGUAUUGUGAUUAUGUUAUCAUGUUGA